AGGCGGAACCUCUGCGGCGUCGCGCGGUUUCCAGAGGGGCCGUUUCGAGCGCUGCACCGCGGAGCCGGAAGUUGCCCGGGAGCUGGGAUUCCGGUCCGGCUGCGGCAUCCGCUCCCCCCGCUCCCCCCCCAGCCCGCGAUGGAGGAGACCGAGAUGCAGCUCAAGGUGAAAAAAGUUACAGACAAAUUCACGGAGAGCAUGUACAUUCUGGCCAACGAGCCGUCUGUGGCACUGUACCGACUGCAGGAGCAUGUCAGGCGCUCCCUUCCGGAGCUAGCUCAGCACAAGGCUGACAUGCAGAGCUGGGAGGAGCAGAGUCAAGGAGCCAUCUACACCGUGGAGUACGCCUGCAGCGCCAUAAAGAACAUGAUGGACAGCAGUGUGUAUUUUGAGAGCAUCGACAGGCUGCUCAAGCAUGCCAUCGCUGUGAAGGAUCAGCUGAAUUCCGCUCAGGGCCGCAGCACUGCUGCCCUGCAAGCCCCGAAUCCGCCAGCCAGUUCCUGAUUUCAGACCAGACUGGCCUUCCUCUGCCUUUUUCAUCCAGCCCAGCAUUGGAUGGCCUGGGUGUCAAGAGAGGACGCUGCCCACACGCCUUGUCUCUGGGGACGUGCAGGGGUGAGAGCCGCCGACUCCUUUUAACAGCUUCUGAAGCCAAAGCCACAAGUGACUAGCCACACGUGGUGUGUAAAUGCCCAGUGAAGGGCUGUGAUCUCCGUGGGCAGAUGUCAUGGCCCUAGCUGCUGCCCUAGAUCCCCCUAGCUCAUUGACUAGUCGCCCUGUUUGUGUCAAGCCAGGGGCUGGGUUUUGGGACUUGCCGGUUACAGCUGAUCUUCCCUGCCACCCCUAUGAGAGACUCCAGGGAGAACGGAGGUGUGCUGUCCCCACCAAUCUCCAGGAGAAAGCCAGCACAGCGGAGAGGCAUCAUGGGGUGAGGGCUCUGUUUCUUGUGCCUUUGAAUCCCUCCCUACAGGGCUUGUGCUGCAGCUUCUGCAUAAAACAAGUGGCAGAACAUUAAAGUAUCUCAAAAACCAGGUCACAAGAAAGUCUUUUAAAACUACUUGCUAUUGUCCCUCUCCCCACACCCCCGAAUCCCAAAACACCACAGCUGCCUUCUGCGCCUUUCUCAGUGUUAUGGCCUCGUCAAAGGGAGAAACUGAGGCAGAGAGAAGCUAAGUGUCUUGGCCAAGAUUGCACAGCAGGUCCGGCUGUGGCCCCUGUUAGUGCAGGAUCUGAGCGCCUCAACCUCCCAUGAGCCAGAACAGGACUCUUAUCCCUGCUCUACAGAUAGGAACUGGGGCCCAGAGAGAUGAAAACCCAGCUCCUCACAGGUAGUUAGGCACCUAAUCCCCCUUGAGUUCCCUGAUCUGGCGUAAGUGACUAGCCCAAGGUCACGCAGGGAGCCUCCGGCACAGCAGGGAAUUGAAGCCAGCUGGCCCUAGUCCUGGCACAGCCCUGGUUGGUGUCAUGCUCAGGGGUGCUUGGCUGAAGGGCUCGCCAGAAGUUACGCUGCAGCCAGGCUGCAAACAGGAUUCCGGUCCCACCACUGCAGGAAUAAACCUGGACUCAGGAACCUGGUGACACCGGCUGGGAAAGAAGCGAUCAUUGCAGCCUGACCUAUAAAUAGAUGUUCAGCAACCUACAAAGCACCAGGGGGAGGCAGGGGCCUGAGCAUCCUAGAUGAAAUGCGUGGGGUCUAGCCCUCCCUCCCGGCGGAAUGAGAUCCUGGCGCUUGCAGAGAAAUGAAAAUCCCCCCUUGCCUGCUAAAUAGACGGAAACACCGCAGCAGAACAAGCCAAUGGCAACAUGCCGAAUCAUGCGGCUGUCCAACAGGAACCAGUCAGCUCUGCAAAACAAGAGAGAGAAACACUUCAGUGGGAGGUUUUCAGUGGUAAAAUAGAGCAAUGUCUAGUGAUGCCCACUGCCUUGAUCCCAGUGCAGUAUCAUUUUAAUCUGAUCAGAGAGAUCCCUAGCAGAGGCCUUUCCUGGACCUGCAAGGGGAUUGACUGUCACCUAGUGACCCUAAGAUCUUAUAUUCUCUGAGUCUCCAUAAAGCAGCACAGAACUGCUAUGCCAAGGCCCCAGUAUUCAAAUCGAUCUAAGAGACUGGGGUUUGGAUCUAGUCUGAUGGCCCAGGCUCGGGGUUUCUACACACAGUAAAGCUCCUCAGUUCAAAAUCGGGACUUGGGGUGAAAAGUGCAUUCGCUGCAAGUUCUAGAGCGUCUCAGAGAUGCCGAGGUGCGUUUUAAGCCCUAACCUUGCCUCCUAGGGAGCCGAAUUCUCCCCUCAGCAAUGUGCAUGGGGCUGUCUACGCCGGUCUCUGCAGGCACAGAAUGCUGAUGUCGCUGGAAGCGUCACGCGUGCAGUGGGAGCCAAGUCCCUAAUCCCAGAUCUGCUGUGCAGCUCUAAGAGGAGAGGAUUGCCUGGGCCGUUCUACUGCGGUGGGGCAAGGUUGUCUCCAUUUCAAUAUCUUUCCUUCCUGUUCCCCCACUCACUGUUUUGUUGGCUGAGAAAUGAAAACCAAAGCGAGACAAUCCCCAGUUGACAAACGAGCCCAUGCUCCUUUAGCUCUGCUUGAGGUUCAGCCAGCCAGCAGGGGGAGCCCAAAUUCACCACCACCUUUCCAAACACUGAUGAUGCAGCUACAGAAAAGGAGCGAACAAAGCAAGAGCUGUGUUUGCUCAGCUCUUUAGUUCGGCAAGGAGGCUGCAAGCUGGAAAAGAGGGCAAAGGCUGGUGGGAGAGAGAAAUAUUUCAACGCUUCUUAAAGACUGUUGAAGAAACAAAGCCAAGAGAAAAGAUGAUGCGUGUUAGUCCAUAAGUCUGUCGCCCUUUAAAAGCAUGAAAGGGUGAAGUGCUGCUGCAGUGAACUAAGCAAAGCCAGGUUGCAGUUUCA